AUGCCAGUGGUGCUGAUCUACUGGGUGACACAAUAUAACAUUGGUGUUAUUUCCAGGUAUGCCUUCCUGCUGACCAUGCCAGUGGUGUUGAUCUACUGUCUGGCACAAUAUAACAUUGGUGUUAUUUCCAGGUAUGCCUUCCUGCUGACCAUGCCAGUGGUGCUGAUCUACUGGGUGUCAUUCUUCUUCAUUGUGAAGGCUCCACACAAACACAGGGCAGAAAGGAUACAGAGGAUUGAGAAAAGUAGUGUACCGUAUAAACCCCUCAUUGCCUCUGGCUCAGAGAACAACAUACAGUAUCCCACACUGCUAAAACCAGAUGAAGAGGCAGAUUUCCAUUACAGAUCCUCCUCUGAACACCCAGAAGAUGACACAACUGGCGACGGUGCAGGUCACAGUGUCACUGGUCAUCAGUAUAUCACCUCUGUCCCUGUGCUACUACCUCCAGAGACACGUCCUCAGAGAUACUGGAGGUGCUUUAAACUGGUUAUAUGGCACAGUAUCAAUUUAAGCUUGGUGUAUCUGUUUGAAUAUGUGGCCAGAGCUUGUGCCUCCAAAGUGGAAGCAAAGAGUGCGUAUAAUGUGGGCUGUCCAGAGUUUUAUGCAGCAUUGCAGUUUUGCUACCAGGCGGGUGUGUUUGCAUCCAGGUCUUCAGUACAGAUCAUCCAGAUAAGACGCGUGGAGGUGUUAACACUGUUACAGCUGGUCAACAUGGUGGUCUGGCUGCUGGAUGUCCAUUUUAAAGUGAUUCCCGAGUACCUCCUGCCAGCGUACAUGAUCUAUGUUGGUCUCCUGGGAGGGGCGUCCUACGUAAACAUCUUCUACCUCCUGCUGCAUGAUGGGAAAUAUCCAGACGAGGACAGAGAAAUAUGUAUCAACAUCGCAGGAUUGUUUGUCACCCUUGGGAUCACAUCAGCCACAGGAUUGGAAACUGCACUUUUUGAAACAAUCUUAAAAGAGGAUUAACUCUGUGACAUCAUUGCUUGUUUUAAAAGAUGUGAUUGCUGUCAAAUACUCAUUUAGAUGAAG